UGUGUGUGUGAGAUAAGGUCUCCAGCCUGCAGGUUGUUCCAGGCUUCAAUAAAAGGACAGCAGAUGCUCACAAUUACUGACACACACACACACACACACACACACACACACACACACACACACACACACACACACACACACACACACACACACACACACACACACACACACACACACACACACACACACCAGCAACGCAAAUGAUACACCCUCUGACCUGUGCGUGUGUGUGUCCAUAAUGUCAGUUUUUAUCAGAAUAAAAGAGAAGAGACAUCCUCCUCCGUCCUUCCUUCAGUCCUUCCUUUAGUCCUUCCCCAUCUCCUUGUCGCCUCUGUCCUCUCCUCUGUCCUCCCCUCAGGUCAGAUAUAUAGUGUGUCCAUCAGCAGCUGAAGAAACCAGAACAAGAGCAUCACUUGCCAGGUAGGAGCCACCUGUCUCUUUGACACAGAAACCAGCUGUUUGGAGAAUCAAAUCAACGAAACAUGGCCUGGCUCCGUCAGAGUCGAGGUUCUCCCAGACUUGUCCUGGUGGUGGUGUGUGUUGCUCUAUUGCUCGACAACAUGCUGCUCACUGUGGUCGUGCCGAUCAUCCCAACCUUCCUCUACGCCAUGGAGCAUCCUAGUCCAGAGCCCCAGACCGCCCAGCCAUCCCUGCUCUCUCUGCCCACCCUUGGUGCCUCACGCUUGGGCACUGUGCCCUCCCAGUCCCCCUCCCCGAGGUCAAACCUCCGGACCUUCAGCCAGACCUCCCAGAGCUCACAGCUCCCUCGGCCCAGCCAUAGUGCACCGUACCACGGUACACAAUCAGAGCUGAGUCCCAAGUCGUCUCCUCUGGUGUCUCUGUUCGACAAUUCGACAUUCAGUCUGCAGGAGAUCCUGACCGAACCCACCCCAGACCAGAGCAGCCCGACCACAGAGCUGCAGAGCAACGAAACCACUAACGCUACAGAGUCCUCCUGUCUUCAGGACAGUGCGUUUCUGGAAGAGGAAAAUGUUCGUGUUGGUUUGUUGUUUGCCUCUAAAGCUCUCGUCCAGCUGCUUAUCAACCCGUUUGUCGGCCCGCUCACCAACAGGGUUGGGUAUCACAUCCCCAUGUUUGCUGGUUUCAUCAUCAUGUUUGGGUCAACUAUCAUGUUUGCGUUCUCAGGGACGUACGCUCUGCUGUUCCUCGCUCGCUCUCUGCAGGGAAUCGGCUCAUCCUUCUCGUCUGUAGCAGGUCUGGGUAUGUUGGCCAGUGUGUACACUGAUGAUGAGGAGAGAGGCAUCGCCAUGGGCAUCGCACUGGGAGGACUGGCUAUGGGGGUCUUGAUUGGAGCUCCAUUUGGCAGUGUGAUGUACGAGUUUGUGGGGAAGCGUGCUCCCUUCCUGAUUUUGGCCUUCCUGGCUAUGUUUGACGGAGCAUUACAGCUGUUCAUCCUGCAGCCUUCAAAGAUUUCUCCAGGGAGUGUGGAAGGGACUCCGUUACUGACUCUGUUAAAGGAUCCGUACAUUCUCAUCAGUGCAGGUUCUCUGUGUUUCGCCAACAUGGGUGUCGCCAUUUUAGAGCCGACUCUGCCCAUCUGGAUGAUGCAGACCAUGUGCUCCCCUAAAUGGCAACUUGGUAUGGCCUUCCUCCCUGCCAGUAUCUCCUACCUGAUAGGAACAAACCUGUUCGGUGUUCUGGCCAACAAGAUGGGACGGUGGCUCUGCUCCAUGUUAGGGAUGUUUAUCGUUGGCAUCAGUUUGAUGUGUGUUCCUUUUGCCACCAGUAUCUAUGGUCUGAUUGGACCAAACGGAGGUCUGGGCUUCGCUAUAGGUAUGGUGGACUCCUCCAUGAUGGCCAUCAUGGGUUACCUGGUCGACAUCCGUCACGCCUCUGUCUAUGGCAGCGUCUACGCCAUUGCUGACGUUGCGCUGUGUAUGGGGUUUGCUAUAGGACCAUCCACAGGGGGUGCUCUGGUUCAGGCAGUGGGUUUUCCCUGUCUCAUGGUGUUUAUCGGGGUGAUCAACAUUCUGUAUGCUCCACUCUGCUUCCUGUUACGUAACCCUGCUGUCAGAGAGGAGAAAAUGGCGAUCAUCGACCAGGAGUGUGUGAUGCACAGGAAAAGCUACAACACACAGAAGGAGAGUCGUGAGUUUCCUCUGAGCGACUACAGUGAAGAAGACACAGAGGAGUGACACACACACACACACACACACACACACACACACACACACACACACACACACACACACACACACACACACACACCUGAUGAUGUCCAUGUUGUGAUGUUUUCUUCACCAAACACGUUUUAACCUUCAUCAUUAGACUUCCUGUCGUCACACAGUCAGAACAGCAACAUUGAACACUUCUUAAAGGGACAGUGUCCCCUUACAUGUCUUUAAUUGCUACAUUAAAUAUAAUUAAUCUGAUUAAUCAUCAGUUCACACAGUCAGGGUUCUGUAAAAAAUGUCAUUAUUAAAGCAUGGAGGCUGUGACAGAUGUUUUGAUGCCUUGUGCAUGUUUACAGAGUUACUAAUUUGAACAUAUUUAUGCAAAUUCCAUUAAAAGAUGCCUGAUUGCCUCCAAAUUACUGUUCACUAAGCCCCGCCCCUUCUUAGUUGUUGCUACCCGUGUCAAUCUUUGUGUUCUAAAAUGUUACACACAGUUUACAAUGACAACAGCAGGAAUGUAUAAUAACUACAUAUAAUCUGUACUCCUGCCUUCUCCAAACUGGGGGCAUGAUGACCGCCAUUUGCUGUAGGUAAUACACUGACUAUGGAUAAUUACCAUAUACAAACCCACUUCAAAAGAUCCAAACUAUCCCUUUAAGAUUUGGACGUUGUUUAUCGUGAAAAAAAAAAAGUCUCCUACACCAAACCCUUUAAUUAUUUUAAGGGGGUUUGGCAUCAAGUAAGGAGAUUUCCAAGUAAAUGUGAGUUUGCUUUAGGGAACAUGUGUUGCUCAUCAUUAAUCUUUUUUAAUUUGACCAAAGUGAUGUAAAACUGAACCUGAGUCUGUAUCUGACCUCUAACCUGUGUCGCCAUUAAAACCUUCUAUAACCUA